AUGGCGGCCAAGACACGAAAGACUGCUGCAGCGUCUUGCAAGGCUGGUGCAUCGUCUGACCACCUCCACCCAUCCUCGGCUGCUACUGCGAAAGCGCCAUCGAGCAGCCCCAGUGUCGGCACAACGUCCACAGGCGGCGCACGAGGCACAUACAUUCCACUCAAAUCUGCACAGCGCGAGAAGAACGCAUACGAACGAGCGAACAGCUGGACGUGGAACCCGAUUCGCAUCAUUGAGCGAACCCUCUUCCGAGCCUACUGGAACAUCGAGGGCACGUUUGUGCUGUCGAUGCUCGAGGUGUGGGAGGUGUUUCUGGUGAUUGUCGUGUUCUGCCUGCUUACGUUGCUGUUGUGGUAUUCGUUGAUUCACUACUUCCCUCGUCAUGCCCAGCAGGUGGCUACACGUGCACUGUAUUACGUCUACGGUAACUCGCCCCCUCCCCAACUCGCCGCUGCUGUAACCGUUGCCGACCCGACAAGCACAGCAAACGCUUCACUCCACUCUGCAGCCACAGCCGCAGCCGCAUCAGCAUCAGCAACAGAAGGCGUCCUCGAAAAACUCAUCACCUCCAGUAACCAGCUCUGGGCUAGUCUGGACGCCGAAAACGCCGCCAAGGACGCUAACCCGGAAGUGCUCGAUACGCUGAUCAGCAACUUGAACAAGGUCAAGCAAAUGAUGCGCAGCGCGGCCAAGACCGACCUCUAG